AUGUCGACCGAGGGGCUCUCAGCUCCCGGGAGCAGUGUCUAUUCGUCUGACUCCAUGUACGUCGGUGAUGGAACAUGGGAUUCGCAGCGCAAUACCUUCCUGCUGCCCAAUCUAAUGGGCCUCAACUUCGACACCAUGCGCUACAAUGGCAUGGGCAAUCGCUUUCGCAACAUGGCCGGCUACAAGCCUCUCAUCACCGCUCACGGUAUCCUUGCCGCCGUUACCUUCCUCUUCGUCGUACCUGGCGCAAUCUUCAUGGCACGGUUUUACCACCGAAACCCACGACUCGCCCUACGCGUACACAUCUGGCUCCAGAUUUUGACCUUGCUCCUUGCAACUGCCCUCAUCGUGCUCGGCUUCCAAGCUGUUGGUCUGGAGAGGUCUUUAACGAAUCCGCACCACGGUAUUGGUGUAGCUCUGUACACUCUUGUUGUAGUACAAGUCCUGGGAGGAUCCAUCAUACACCGUCUAGAGAAAGGCAAAGAGCGCUUUAAGGUCCCUCUGAAACUCAUAUUGCAUCAAUGGAUAGGUCGCGUCGUCUUGCUCCUGGGCAUCGUGCAGAUCCCGCUUGGACUGACGCUGUAUGGCUCGCCGAAGGUACUCUUCAUACUGUUCGCAGUCUGGGCAUUUCUGCUCUUGAUUGUGUACUUUGUUCUCUCGUACAGGACCCAGCCUGAAAUGGGCUUCGAUGACAACACUACCUAUAUCACCGAUCGCACUGCAAGCACUAGGAGCCGAAGAAGCCGUGGCGGACGCGGUCUUGGAGCAUUGGCGACAGCGGGUGCAGCUGGUGCGGGACUGGCUGCACUAAGAGGCAGAUCGCACAGUCGCAGUCGCAGCAGACGUCGCGGUGACGAGACGACAGUACUCAGCUCCCGCCCUGAUUCCCGCUCGCGGGUUACUCAGUCGCAAUUUACCGAAUCUUACGUGAGCGAUGAGAAGUAUAACGACAAGCGCAAAAGUUCCACUUGGCGCGAUCGCUUUCUUGGUGCUGGGGCUGCUGCGGGGGGGAUUUUUGCCUUUAAGAGUCUCUUCGGCAAGAAGAAGGACAAGCGUGCUUACACCGAGACGUCAACUGGCAGCGAUGUCAGUUAUGGACGCCCGUUACCUCAGUCCGAAGUUACUCAGACAGAUCUGAGCCGUCUUGAAGAAGGAAGAGCUCCUGACUCACCAGUGAGGAAUCAAGACUGGCGUCGAGUCGAAGAAAGAGAAGCUGCUCAAGCAGCUGCCAUGGGUGCAAGUCCUUUGCGAGCUGCCCACCGUCCGGCAAGAAGUGGCGGUUCCAUCGACUCCUUUGACAGUCGAACAAGUUUCAACGAUCACCACGAUUCCCGCCCGCUCAGAGAGGAAUCCUAUGGAGUCAAAGAUGGCAUCAUGACCCUUGGAGCUAUUGGGUUUCUUAAGCACACGUGGAACAAGCGGAGAAACAGGAAGGAAGACGCACGGGUCGAGGAAUUGAGGCAACAAGACAUGGACGAAGAGAAGAUGGCUCGAGCGAACAGUAACCGACGAAGAUUUACGGGUGAUGGCGCGCCCCCUCCGCGCCGGCACAACGGACCACCAUCGACCAUCUACUCUGAAACCGAAAUCUCAGGCAUGACUCCGUCUGUAGCGAGGCCGAACGUUGCUCCACCGCCCGUAACCUCAUCUGCAGGUCCCUCUGUCCUACGCCCAGCUGACAACACCGUACUCUCUGAUUCGGGAUCUGAGGCCUAUAUUUCUCCUGGCGGCCGUUCUCAUCGCCGACACCGUAACUCGGCAGGUGCAGCAGCUCUUGCUGGCGGAGCUGCUGCCGCCGCAGCCUCUUCUGGGUCACCUUCGAGAAGGAGAAGCAGUCGAGAUGAGAGUGUUGUCUCCCCUCCAGUAUCUGUGAAGGUCAAGAUGCACAACGAUGGACGGCAUGUUACGCUCCGACGCUUGAAUGAAGAAGAGGCGGCAGCAGAACGAGAUGCUAGGAGACGAGAGCGACAACGCAGAAAUCGCAAUGGAAGCAUGUCUUCGUUGAGCCAGCUCGAUGGAGACCGUUGGCGAAGGACGGAAGCCCUCGAGGCUGCACAAGCUCAGGAGAUGGCACAGGCGGCUCCAGCGCCUACAUCGCAACAUGGAGUGCCUCUCCAAAUGCCUGAGCCUUACAUCCCUCCACCACCUCCGGGUCCGCCUCCGAACUUCAACUCAGGCCCAAGGCCGUCAACACAUACACCUCUUCCCCCACCUCCUCCCAUGCCAGCGGCGGAUCCCAGCAUACUGAGUAGCCCCCACGGCACUCAGGUAUAUGGCACCGAGACGGAUGUCAGUAACUACGACUCGAAUAGAAGGCGAAGACGGGCCGAGAGAGCCCAGGCGAAACAGGCUAGGUCGGGCGGAAGCCGCGUUGAGUUCUCUUGA